CAAGGAAGUUACAACUUUCGUUUUUGAAAACGCCAGAAAUUCGCUGACUAUCCAAACUGCAACUAUUUAAAUAAUACAACCACGUGUGAAAGUAAUGAGUUGUGUACUUAAGAUAUUCGAGUAACUAUCGGAAAGGACUUCCUUUCAACAGUCACCAAAAGCACUCAGAAAAGUGGAUGCAGUUCCCGGACGAAAGGCACAAAUGGCAUCUGGAUCGGCUCCUGACGUCACCUACUGCCAGCCAUGCGCGGAGGACGGCAAGGAAAUACUCCCCGAGGCCUUCUGUCCCGUCUGUAAGGAAUUCCUGUGUUCUAACUGUGCCCGAGUACAUCGAAACCAGAAAAUAACCAAAAGCCACGCCCUUCAGGACAAGGACAGUAUGCCUUCCUCAUUCCAUGAAGAAAGUGAAGAUGAAAAGUUUACAGAAACAUGUCAGCUUCAUGCUAAAGAGUUUAUUAAAUAUUACUGUUCGCGUCAUGAUGCAUUUUUGUGUGGAGACUGUUUGAUUGAGAAUAAAGAGCAUCGCUCUUGUAAGGUAGAGAAAAUUUCGCAAGUGGCAAAACAAUACAAGCAGGGAGCAGAAUACAACAACCUUAAAACAGGACUUGUCCAGAUGUCCAGUGACAUUGGCAAACUUUCACACAACAUACAAGCGAUCAUGAAAUCAGUAGAAGAAGAAAGCCUUACAAAUAUUAAUGAGCUUCGCAAAUUCAGGACUGAAAUUAACCAGUACCUGGAUAAGAGGAAAAACGAACUCUUGGCAGAAAUUGAUCAGAAGAAACGGACAUCCAAGACACUGCUUGAUGAACUGAAAUCAAAAUGCACAAACAUGAAAUCAUCCAUUGAGAAACUAAAGUCGGAGCUACAAGCACAGGACGACAACAGCAACCAGCUAUUAAUAGUAGGAAAACGAGCUAUAAAAGAGCUGGCAGGUCUCCAGACAGCCCUGGAACAGGUGAGCAGGAGGAGUGAAGUUCCCAGAUACAAGUUUCACAGGGACCCCGCAACUGAGCAGUUAAUAGCUUCUGAAAAAGCAAUAGGAGGGUUGGAAGAGGGCGAAUCAACUUCGGCGUUAGUGCACCAGCAACGACAACAGCAGACGACGCAGGAACAAUGGCAACAGGAGACGAUGCAACAACAUAAAAAACACAUGAAAGCUGUAUCACAAAAAGGCGAAUCAACUUCGGCCUUAGGGCAUCAAGAACGACAACAACAGAAUGAGCAGCAGCCACGGCAACCCGUGACGAUGCAGCAAAAACAAAAACACAUGCAAGGUGUAUCACAAAAAGCCCACUUCAAAGGCAGUGCAGACCUAAGCCGGGCCAAGUUCAGCAGACAGCCUGACAUUUCAAUGAAGAUAUCAGGUGAUGGCAGUGACUGCUUCCUGACCAGUGUGGCCCUCCUGGCCGGGGAGAGGCUCCUACUGGUAGAUCGCUAUAAUUACUCAUUGAAGCUGGUGGACACCAAUAACAACAAGGUGGUGUCGCAGGUAAAACUGUCAAGUGAGCCGUGGGGCAUGUGUCUCCUGCCCGGGGACAGGGCAGCCGUCACUCUGCCCAUGGAGGGGAAGAUUCAGCUCGUAUCUGCUCAGGGAAAUACCACACUACAGGAUAUUGUUAAAGUAGGUGGACAGUGUCAUGGAAUAGAUUUUUGUGAUGACAACUUGAUAGUGUCCUUCACCUCCCCAGCUAAGGUUAUGUUGAUUGACAUGAAGGGAAAGGUGAAGAAGAGUGUGGACAAAAACAGCAGUGGAAAACCUUUGUUUCAGCUUCCCUUGUAUCUGACAGUGACCAGAGAGAGUCCAACUCCGGCCAUAUAUGUAUCAGACUCGGGCACCAACACCAUAACCAAACUGAGCAUCUCACUAGAGGUGUUCCAGUCCUACCAGGACCCGACACUGACAUCACCACAGGGUCUGACACUUGUAGGAGACAACCAGCUGCUCAUAUGUGGGAGGUACAGUAACAACAUCCUGUUACUGGACACGCUCACCGGCGAGAUAACCCAACUGCUAGGGAGGGGGAAGGGGAAGGGGAUUGAGCGUCCAUACAGUGUGGCUUACUGUUCACUGAGGAAGAUGUUGUUUGUCACCUGUAGUGCAUUAAAAAAACUGGAAUUGAAAAAUUAUGUGAAAGUAUUCAUCUUAGUAUAGUUUAUUAUCAAGUCUUCCAAUUAAUAUGAGUGAAAUCUAUAUAUCCUGUGUAAAUGAAUUGUAGUGUGUAAGAACAAUUGUAAUGCAAUGUAUCGUACCAUACUGACAAUAUGCUUAUAAUUUCUAUAUGAUUGAAUGCACAUAGUUUCACUUAUAUUUCUCAACUAAAUCCAUGUCGAAAGGUUUGACGGAAAACUUUGAAGUUGUGUGAUAAUUUGUGGAUGAAAUAUACCCAUAGGUUGUCUUCUUACCACACCAGACAUUAAAUAAAUAAUUUGUGUUU